AUGAAUCUAGAGCAGGUAGCUCCAUGUCCUCUUGCCCUGCGAUAUCUCCAUGACGGGUUCGAGACAGUAGAUGCAGCUGCGAAAGUGGCCAGAAAAGAAUGGGAGGACAAUAUGGGUGAAGAAAUCCCAUCUACCUUCAGGGGGAGUGAAAGUUCCUUGACAGGACCUUGGGAGUCGCUGGUUCUAUCAGAGUGUUCCCCCGAGCUACUAUUUCUGGCUGGCUGGAUGACCCAGACAUUUUUCUUGGUUGACGAUAAGGCUGAUCGUAGGUCUCGGAAGGAGGCUCAUGAACAGCUUAACAUGCCGCUCGAUCACGUCUUCAGGAUCGUAAAACUGAAACCGGAACCGGCUACCUCCAUGGAACGACUUUUCCUCCCUCGACUCAGACAGAUGCUCGACUACGAUUACGAAGGAGCUUCUUUACUAUUUGAAGGUUGGCGGGACUGGCUUCAGCAGGCAGACACUCGCGACGAAAAUACACUGGAAUCACUCGAAGCAUACCUAAAGUUCCGAGAGAUGAACGUCGCUUUCCUCCCCUACUCCCACCUAACUAUCUUUGUCCUAAGAUUGAAUAUUACCCGAGAGGAAAGGCAAGCGAUCGACCAUUUCCGCAACCUUGCGGCACGAAACUUUUCGUUGAUCAAUGACUAUUGGAGUUGGGCCAAGGAGAUUCGAGAGUCAUACGAGGGUGUUCAAAGAAUGAUGAAUGCAGUCACCAUGAGAAUGCGGCAAGUGUCCGAGAUGGAAAGCCUUCAAAUUGUGAAGGACUUGGCUAUUGAGUGCGAGUAG